AUGGCGGAUCAAGAUAAAAGUAGCGGCGGAACCGGGGUUUCCCCCGCUGUGGUGGUGGAACAAACGACUAACAGUCGCCACAAGCCUCCAUACCGACCUACAGACAAACAAGAUAUUUCCGAACUACAACACAAACAUUCCAAGGCACCGGCGGUACCAUCUGUUGCUGAAGAAUUAAAAGCUUCAACCGUAGACACAACUGUUCAAGAAAAUGCUGAGGAAAAGGAACAAAGACGUGCAAAAUACAACGAAAUGAGCAAGCAGAACGCCUCAAAAAAAUUAUCCAUGACCAAGAAGCAAAGUUCUUCACCAGAGGCCAUUGCUUUAGCUCACGUCGAAGUCGAUACAAAGAAGGGUUCCAUCACACCACCGUCUCAACCAAUACCACACGAUGUUGAAGCUCUCUCAGGGGCCGACUUUACUGCUGCUGAAAAGGAAGCCAACAGGAGAGGAGAAACCGACAGCAUCACGGACGAGAUCUCCGACGCUCGGACCGUUGAUACUUCGAAGAAAUAUUCAAAUUGGAUGACGAUGAAGAGGCUGGCGGGCUGCCGCGCAGUGAAUCGAGGGCGUCCCGCGUCUCGCGCGUCGUCCGCCAAUUUUUCUGUUGCGGCGUCCCCUACGAAGCUCCGUCCGAAGAAAAUAUCUCCUCGGGACGAGCUUUUGGUCAAGGAAUAUAAAUCCUCACUUAAAAACAACGUCUGCGAUACAUUCGCGCACUGUUAUGUCAUUUUGGCUGGCCAUUUUCGAACUCUCCUGCUAACACCAUCUUUGAAAACCUCGCUUGAUUCUGAUGGAAAAAGUGAUGUUACUCGUGAUGAAAAGUGCCAAGAACAAGACAUGUUGCCGGAGAUAAAGGAAAUAAGUCGCGCUUGGAUUUUAGAGCGUCGGGCUUCUGUUGGGCCCUGUUUUAGGCCCGGCAUGCCCUUCGAAGGACCGACGGGCAUAUCGAUCUAUAUUCCAAGGAAAAAUUUUAUCAGUAAAUCAAAGCUAAAUGUGAAACUAGAAAAAUCUAAACAAGAAAUUAAAGAGUGCAACGAAAAUGGACUUGAACAAAUUGAGACUAACUGUGAACCCAAGUUGCUAGCGUCUUUGAGGGAAAAGCUUUCCAGCGUACACAACAAAAUUAAAAAUGCACUACAUUGUUAG